GUGGGCUAUGCGCCGGAAGUGGCUCGUAGUUAGUAAAUAAGCGGGGAAAGGCGAGAUAGGCGCUGUCUCCAUCUUGUUGGCUUCGGCUGCGCCUGCGACGUUGUGGAGAUGGGGAGCGUCCUGGGGCUGUGCUCCAUGGCUAGCUGGAUACCAUGCUUGUGUGGCAGUGCCCCGUGUUUGCUGUGCCGGUGCUGUCCUAGUGGAAACAACUCCACUGUAACUAGGUUGAUCUAUGCACUAUUUUUGCUUGUUGGAGUGUGUGUAGCUUGUGUAAUGUUGAUACCGGGAAUGGAAGAACAACUGAAUAAGAUUCCUGGAUUUUGUGAGAAUGAGAAAGGGGUGGUCCCUUGUAAUAUUCUGGUUGGCUAUAAAGCCGUAUACCGUUUGUGCUUUGGCUUGGCAAUGUUCUAUCUUCUCCUGUCCUUACUAAUGAUCAAAGUGAAGAGUAGCAGUGAUCCUCGAGCUGCAGUGCACAAUGGAUUCUGGUUCUUUAAAUUUGCUGCAGCAAUUGCAAUUAUUAUUGGGGCUUUCUUCAUUCCAGAAGGAACUUUUACAACUGUGUGGUUUUACGUAGGAAUGGCAGGUGCCUUUUGCUUCAUUCUCAUACAGCUAGUCUUACUUAUUGAUUUUGCCCAUUCAUGGAAUGAGUCAUGGGUUGAAAAAAUGGAAGAAGGAAACUCAAGAUGUUGGUAUGCAGCUUUGUUAUCAGCUACAGCUCUGAAUUAUCUGCUGUCUUUAGUCGCUGUUGUCCUAUUUUUUGUUUACUAUACUCAUCCAGCCAGUUGUGCAGAAAAUAAAGCAUUCAUCAGUGUCAACAUGCUUCUCUGUCUUGGUGCUUCUGUAAUGUCCAUCCUGCCUAAAAUCCAAGAAUCACAACCAAGAUCUGGUUUGUUACAGUCUUCAGUAAUUACAGUCUACACAAUGUAUCUGACAUGGUCUGCUAUGACCAAUGAACCAGAAACAGACUGCAACCCGAGUCUACUGAGCAUAAUUGGAUACAAUACAACAAGCACUAUCCCAAAGGAUGGGCAGUCUGUACAGUGGUGGCAUGCUCAAGGAAUUAUUGGACUAAUUCUCUUUUUAUUGUGUGUAUUUUAUUCAAGCAUCCGUACUUCAAACAAUAGUCAGGUUAAUAAACUGACUCUAACAAGUGAUGAAUCAACAUUAAUAGAAGAUGGUGGAGCUAGAAGUGAUGGAUCACUGGAGGAAGGAGAUGAUGUUCACCGAGCUGUAGACAACGAAAGAGAUGGUGUCACUUACAGUUACUCCUUCUUUCACUUUAUGCUUUUCCUGGCUUCACUUUAUAUCAUGAUGACCCUUACCAACUGGUACAGGUAUGAACCUUCUCGUGAGAUGAAAAGUCAGUGGACAGCUGUCUGGGUGAAGAUCUCCUCUAGCUGGAUCGGCAUCGUGCUGUAUGUUUGGACACUGGUAGCACCGCUUGUUCUUACAAACCGUGACUUUGACUGAAUGGGACUUCUGGCAUGAGGGUCUCGCUUUGAUCAUCACUUAUUUGAAAUUAACAGUAUUCCCAGCUUUCGUAAAGUUGUGUAUGUGUGUGUUUCCCAUGUAACUUCUCCAGUGUUCUGGCAUGAAUUAGAUUUUACUGCUUGCCGUUUUAUCCGUGGUAGUCUUGCCGAGCGCACUGAUGUGUGUAUUAGAAUGAAUCACAGAGGGUUUUGUGAGUAUGGUGGUUAAGUUAAGAGAAGUGGACGUUGUUACGUUUAUCUUCUGCUCUGUACCUGUAAAAAUAAGAAUAGAAACAACUGCUUAACAGUUUGAUUUUUAAAUUGUUAGAACUUAAGCUGUUUUAGAAAAUGAUAGAAACGUAUGGCUGCCUUUUGAAAUAUUUGAUGCCUUGCCCUACAGGAGACUGCAAAGAAUGUGGCUGUUCUAAAAUUGUAUAAACAAGUCACUUAAAUGCCAAUUUUCUGAAAAAUUUUUUCAGGUUUUUCCCUUCAUAUGAAGAUAAGGAACUUAAUACAGGUAUGGAGUGUUUGACAACAGUGUAUGUAGUUUAUGAUGGAGAUUGAGACACAGUUUUCAAAGAAAGUCAGAGUAUCUGCUGAUGGUGGGUACAAAAUUGAAGACCCAGUAGGUUGUAAUGUUCCCUGGGUAGGGAUGGCCUUCCAUACCUACAUAGUGACCUUCGUUUUUGUCGUGACGAACACAUGCAGAUGUGUUUAGUGCAUUCAGUGGAGGUGUUAGGAACUCUGAAGACUUUAGACAAAAGUUUUGAGAAGGAUAAUCAUGCAUUAGAAAGAGGUUGUUGAGAAUCACUUUGAAAGUGUGUUUUGAAAAUCAGAGUUGGUAAAUUUUUGACAGGACAGGAAGAAACUGCAAAAUUGGCUUCAGUAGAUACUUAGACAAAAUCUAUCCAGUCUUCUCAUUUUAAAAAUGAAGAAGCUGAAGCACAGGCUUAAACAGCUCAGCAGCAGCAAAGCUGGGAAAUCCCAAGUCUGUCAAAGUAACUAGCAUUCUUUCUGGCAUUAAAAAAUAAUUUCUCUUCAAAUACAUGCAUAAUAGAUUUUACACCUUGUGAGUGGUGGAUGAUUUAUGUGGUGUGACUUGCUGGUGUCCAGCAUGCCUUCUGCGUAUAGACUGAGGUCAGGGGAGUGAUGGAGUGCUGUAAACUCCUGCUUACAGUGCACUGUACAGUUCAAAAUGCUUUUGUAUUUGCUGCCAUCUAAUUGAAAUAUAUAGGUUAUUAUAAUCUUUCACCCUGAAAAUCAAGCAGUAUCACUGUUAACUUAGAAACUCUUAGUUACUUGUCAUUAGUAUCUUAGUGAAUAUUAAAAUGUACGUUUACUUUUAAGGUAUUUAUUAUUGUAAAUGAAAUAUAACAAUUCAGUUUAAUUCUCCAACUUUAUUCUGUAUUGAUAUUGUGUUCUGUGAUUUUGAAUGGCUGUGUCCUAUCCUUAAAUAAAAGAAUUCAGAGAAA